UUUUUUUUUUUUUUGGGGGGGGGGGGCACGUUGGCACAUUUGCCCACCCACAGCAUCUGUGAACCUUUGUUUUCGUGAAUCAUCGGCUUCGUUGCGAUCGCGUGGAAAAGCUGUUGGCAUAUAACUAGUUAAUCAUUUAGCCGGGGGAAGAUCUGGUUCUCCAUCCUUCAGCAAACCGGAAGCUUGGACUUCUCCUGGCUCAAAACUUCCAAGGUUGAAAGCUGGCGUCACAGAAACCUUGGCUUGGAGAUGGUGCAACCCAUCCCAUGCUCACCUACGGUGGUUCUGAACACGAGCAUGAACAAGACCGUCCCUCUCGCGUUGCAUAACAUCAAUUGACAUCGGCAUUGUUAUCAGAAUCAGAAUAAUCAAACCGUCUCCACGCUGUGGCUGACUGAUGGAAGCGAUGCCAAGCUCCGGCUGUCCGGUUGUUGGCCAGAUGGGGCUCAACAGAACAGGGGUCACAUGUUCCACUCCAACGGCGAAAGACGACGCUCAACAUCCAUCAUCGGGUCAACUGCACAAUCUCCGCCAUGAUACAUACGCAGACAGACAGACCCGUGGACAUUGCUGGGUACUGAUUGUGGACUGAGUCACAUGUCGCAUAUAACUUAUCAAAUCUGGUUGCAUUAGACCAACCGUCUGCUGUUAGAUCGAUGGACCCUCGUCGUAGGAAACUCAGCGCUUUGGACCGGAACACGAACUAUAUACACAUCAGAUUCCGCUAUGCCCGGAGUUGACUCUGGUGACAGGGAGGACGAUGCCUGGGAGGUUGGGAAGAAUAUCCCCUCACAAUCCAGCAGAACUCUUCUCCCGCGACCAGUAGCUUCCCUUGUGUCGCUGUUCACUCAUUCGACGUCCUUAUCUCUCCGUAUCGGCACAUUCCUAGGCGGCUUUGCUCUCGAUAGUGCGAGGGCUACGACUCUCACGGGCUUAGAACUGAGCAGAGCCGUUGUCGAGAGUAUUUUGGUAAGAGCCGGGAGGGAUGUGGCCUUACAAAGUACCGAGUAUGGAAGGGCGCAGGCUGAAUCGUUGUUGGAGCGCAGUCUGGCAACAUUACACUCGAGUAUAACCUCCGCCUCUUUUUUUGCCUCUGCUGGCUUUCACCUUUCUUCGAUGACCCUGAACUCUUUCUCUGACUUCUCGCAAAACCUCCUAUCAACACUGGAUGCUAUUCUUGGAUCGUCUGAAUCUUCUCGUGCCAUUGCGGCGAUAAUCACGCUUAUUAUAAGAGAAUUUCGCAGCAAAGAAAGCAAGUAUGGCGGGCAGAGAGCCGGCGUAGCUGAUCUGUUGGUGGGUUCCACGGGUUUUGCUUUGCUCCAGCGGUGGGGUCGAAGAGCAACAGAGAGAGAAAUGCGGGACAGCGGCAAGGAAGAGACCGUUUGGGAUGUGGUAAUCCUCGACAAUGGACUUAGAGCGGAUGUUGUAGGAACCCAACAAAUCGGAUAUCCCGAGGACAUUGAUACCGGACCCACGCGUGCAUCUACCCGUGCAUCAUCUUUUAUAUUGCCAGAUGACACUGACCGCGCUGAUGUCUUCAGAUCAGUGGGACAUGACACUGCUAGACGCAAUACUCUGGGUACUCUUCUGCCGCAUGUUUCUCUCCCCGCUGAUCACCAGCAUGAGCUUUCUGAUGAAGAGAUCCGAGUAUAUAUCAUGAACCAGUUACCAGAAGGCACCAGGGCUUCAAUAAAUACAGAUACCGUCACAUCUAGAACUAUAACUGUGGACUUCUAUGACGACGAUGUUGUGGAUCUAUCUCCCCCACCGGGAGCUGCAAUGAUAGCGGAAAGAUUUCACCACCUUCAUGAUGUUGAUCCAGGAGAUACUACGAGGGGCUUUGUCAGCCAUCUACUUAAACAUACGGUUGUAUUUCGAACCUCCUCAAACCAUUCUAAUAGCGCAGAGCUACGCAAAGAGCUCAGUGGUACAUUAUAUUCUUCUGCCGAUCGCAGCUCAGCCUCCGGGCCUCAUUCUUCGAACAAGCGAAAACCGAAAAAGCGUGGCGAUAUUUCGACAACCUCGGACCCGUCUUUUAAUAAUACGAUGACCAUACCAGAUUCUUGUGCGGAAAAUACCAAUUGCCCAUAUGGUGCAAACUUGUCCUCAUCGAUGAUUGAUUCUGGAUUGCAGCAAGGCUCCCUUGGAAAGGGAUCCCUUUCCAACUUUACGCAGAAGGACAAACAAGACAACAAAUCUGACGACGAAAAUAUCGCCCUUCAUAAUGCUUCAAGAAAUCCAUCGCUGAAGAAUCCAGCUGGUAAAUCAAAUAUUACCGAAACUGCACAGCCUACUUCGCCAAUGGCAAAGCGAUUAUAUUAUACCGAAAAAGCUUUGCCCCGGGUACCAUCAAAGCACGAGUCUUUAAAUCACAAGCGAAGCUUCGGCAAUUUAAUAAACCCGCAUCCCAACGGUCCUCGAAUGAGAUCGCCUUCCAGAUCCAGUUAUAUCUCCGUUCAAGGGAAAACCGUCGACUCAUAUACUGCCCAAACCGACGCAUACUCCCUUCAUCCUACUGGAUCCCCUCCCAGCUCUCCCACCAAGGCCAGGAAUCAUGUUCGUAGCAGCAGCGCGCUCUCCAGGACACUGUCCGAGAAAGAUAUAGCCAUCCUCGUUAACGAUGACGAGAACCCACGGCCUCUGACCCCUCAUCGCAAAGGGUCUAUCAAAUCACUGGCACCUAGCACUUACUCUAUUGCCGAUGCAGGAUCUGAAACUUCCUUGGUACUUGCCACACGACCUACAAAGAGCGUGUACGAGGAUCAGGCUACGAUUCUGGCCCUCCAGCGCGAUGGACGGGUUCCAGGAGUAUUUCCUGAUGACCAUAUUGUGAAAAACAUACAGAGAUUUUCCCGCUUCUCGUCGGCAUCGUACGGCUCCAAUUUCCUCCGAGUGAUGGGUAUUGGGAACAAACAGCCAUGGCAAAAAGACGAAUUUAUUAGCGAUGAUCAUCACGAGCACUGUUCAUUUUCCAAACAUACGGGGCUCCCAGCGUCAACUAUACUUCUUUCAUCAUUUGUCGAUCCUGCAGGCGGAUCAAAUGCAGCCGGAGAAACAGCUGAAGGAUUCCCUUUAGUCCACUACCUGUCCUUGGACCACGCUUCCAAAGCUGUUGUUUUGACGCUUAGAGGCACGUGGGGAUUUGAAGAUAUCUUAACCGACAUGACAUGCGAUUAUGACGAUCUCUACUGGCUAGGAAGGACCUGGCAGGUCCACAAAGGGAUGCAUGCGUCAGCGAGGCGGCUCCUUGAAGGAGGUGGCGGGCGCGUCAUGGCGACAAUCAGAGCUGCCCUGGAAGAGUUUCCAGAGUACGGUGUCAUUUUCUGUGGCCACUCGUUGGGUGGAGGUGUUGCUUCGCUUCUUGCAACCAUGAUUUCGAGGCCCAAAGAUGCAGAUAAAUCGGGCCCUUCGUUCGUAACGGCAUCUAAACCUUCAUCUGGUAUCUCCUUGCUUCCCUCAUCUCAACAACGUGGUCAGCUCUUCCUCCCUGCCGGACGCCCAAUCCAUGUCUACGCCUUUGGCCCACCGGCAGUGAUGUGCCCCUCCCUCCGACUCGCGACAAGGGGCCUGAUCACAACCGUCGUCAACGGCCAAGACGUCGUCCCUACUUUAUCUCUCGGAGUCCUCCUUGACUUUCACGCCGUUUCCAUGGCGUUCAAAAGCGAUAUGUCCGACGCCAAGGCCCAUGUCCGCUCCCGCGUCUGGGAAAGCAUUACCGCCAGACUAGUGAACAAAUUCUACGUAGACCGGCCCCCACUCCUCGUUCACGCAGGUGAUAGGGUCGGUGAGGAUUCCUGGGCGUGGGCUACACUGAAAUCGCUACGCGAAACCUUAGUGGCGCCUAAAUUACUCCCACCCGGCGAGGUGUUUGUCGUGGAGACGAUGCGUGUUUUGCAGCGUGAUGCCUUUACACUCGACGCCUUCGGUAGUGCGGACGGAUCACCGCGUCUAGGUCGGCCUGCAACGCGCGUUCAGCUUAAAUUCAUCCGGGAUGUGGAAACGCGGUUCCGCGAGGUCAGAUUCGGGUCUGGGAUGUUGGGUGAUCAUAGCCCUGGCAGGUAUGAAGCCAGUCUGGCGGUGUUGGCAAGGGGAGUUCUGGAGGAUUGAUUCUUACAGGCUAUAUUUCUUUAAUUCGUUCAUUUUGGGAUUUGGCUUCCUUUGGGUUUUACCUAAAUCGUUAUAGAUGGUCUUCGACAUUUUACAUUUCUCUCAGCUGCGUUAUGAUUGUGUAGAAUUUAGAUACAUGGGUGAACGGUUUUUGUGAGAAGAUGGUCAUGUUGGUGCCUGCUUCUAUUACACACGGUCUUCAUACUACUUUUCUUCAUUCCCUUUUACUCUAUCCUCCUUGGUGUACUUUUCUAUUAUACCAAUUUAUACGUAAAUAACAAAUAUAUACCCAGUAUUAACAUAGAUUCGAUAGCUAAGGCACUUAGAUAUAAAUAACUCCAGGGGUAACUAUCUUUGAACAUUCGGAGAUACCCUCUUUUCAUCUUUUUUUAUCAUCGUUUUAUUCCCCCUUUUCCUGUGUAGCACCUAUAAUAUAUUCCGAACGGCUACCUCGUUUCCAGUCCUCCUAUUCCUAUCAACAUUUUUCUAAGAGUUUUCGACAGAACAACGCUAUAUUGUAGCGCUCCCUUGGC